AUGCGGUUCCGCCAUCUUGUCCCGAAUCUUCCGGACGUCGUUAUGCGACGGAUCUUCGACUUCUUGUCUUACAAGCAGUUGUGCAAAGCCGAGUGCGUAUGUAGGCGAUGGCAGAAUAUCGUCUUCUCCAUCAUGCGUCGCAAUGUGCAUGAGAUUACAAUAGAUCGAGUUUACGUGAAUAAGGAUGAACGGAGAAAGUACUUCUCCAACGUUGAUGAGCUGUGGCUGUUAAUUAUUGACUGUAAUGAUCAGAUCACGGAGGGUUUCCUCCAAAUCGAAGAGAAGCUGUUCUGCGAGAUCAACUUCUUGACCCUCCAAGUGCACCUUACGACUCAGUGUUACCGAAACGUCGCCGCAGUGGUUAAGGCGUUCACGAGCCGACAUCCGAAAGUGACAUUGCGACUCGAAAUCCAUGCUGAGAAGAGUUCCAUGAUCCUUGCUCAACUCCUCGAAUUGCCUUCGGUCGUUUUGCGCAGAAUCAAGCUUAUUUGCACCGAAUUUGACCUGCCAUUGCUUCGUUUUGCCGAACUGUACAGAGUUAUGAAAGAACGGAAUAUAAGAGCAAAAAGUAUUGUUGUCAGAGAUUGGACAGUCCUGUUCGACCGCUGCACUCCCGUCACAGCCUACCCGAUCGACACGCUCAGAAUCAGCAGCUGCACUGUGGAGUCAGCCGACGAUCUCAUCGAAACUCUUCGGCUUACAGCUCAGCAA